UUUCCUCCCCAGGAGGAGUCCUCUGUGUCACAAAUACUUUGACCGUUGCUCCAUUUCCUGGAGGAGGCACCAUUCUGCCUGUCCACAGCAGAGGGAGGAAAGGACUGAAGGUUUUAGGCCGUGUCUGCUGUCUCCUCACUGAAUGCAGAAGCCGAGAAGGGAUGGAGUUACAAACCAAGUCUGAUGUCAAGUGCGUGGAGUCAAUAGAGUAUAUCCAUUCCUAGAGACCAUCAGUGGAACAACAGGAAGUUUGCUGGUGACAUUUAGUGAUCUCCGAUAUUUGCAGCACAUGGACAUAUUACACCAGACUUCUACCAGAUGAGAGGACGAAGACUAUGAGUGAAGAGUGCCCUGGAGAUCACAUGCAGUUCUUUUCCUGGGUGAGAACCGGAUUGAUCUGAGAACAGUAAUUAUGAGGCUGACCUGUAUGUUCUCCUUCAUCUUGCUGUUUGGAGCAGUUGGGCUCGUUGUCUUCAUUCACCUGCAGGAUCCAGAAGAAAUAGUUCAUCAGCAGACACCAGGGAUAAAAUAUAACACGGGAUUCCAGCAACCAAAAAAACAGGACUGUGUUUCCAGCAAUAACCAGGAUAGAAGAUUAAGAAAAAAUACUGCAGACAGAGUAGCAACAGUUAAGCAGAGCGAUUCAUUAGAGCCAUCUGAAAGUGUGCCCACCAAGCUUCAAAGCACCGACAGAAGGCAAAGCAGCAUCAUGUUUUCUAUGAAAGAUCAACAGAAAGGUGAAGAAAUUAAUUCCAUCAAGCUCCAUAAACGCAGGAGGAGGUUUAUAAUUAAAAAGAGCCCAAUUCUGAUUUCCAUGAACAGCUCCAUUCUCAACCUGCCCACACUUAAAUAUGAGGAUAGAAACAACAGCAAGUGGAAAAGUCUCUAUCAGAUCCAAGGAGAAAGGAAACGGAUUAUGAGGGAAACAUGUUCAAAAUACAAAAGUAAUAACAGAAGGAUAAUCACUCCUUAUCAUGUGUCUAGGAUAUUUGUAGAAGAUAAAUACAGAGUUUUAUACUGUGAAGUACCAAAAGCCGGCUGCUCUAACUGGAAACGGGUGCUCAUGGUGCUAAAUGGGCUGGCCUCCUCCACAAAAGAUAUCCAGCACAACACAGUGCACUACGGAAACUACUUGAAACGGCUGGAUGGCUUUGAUCACAAUGGAAUUUAUCACAGGCUCAACACUUACACAAAGAUGCUAUUUAUUCGUGAGCCUUUUGAAAAGCUGGUAUCUGCAUUUCGGGACAAGUUUGAACAUCCGAACAACUACUACCACCCGGUUUUUGGAAAAGCCAUCAUUUCCAGAUACCGUGUCAAUGCCACCAAAGAAGCAUUAAGGACAGGCUCUGGAGUCAAGUUUAAAGAGUUCAUUCAAUAUCUCCUGGAUGUACAUAGGCCAGUGGGUAUGGAUAUACACUGGGAUCAUGUCAAUAGGCUUUGCAGCCCAUGUUUGAUAGACUACGACUUCGUUGGGAAAUUUGAAAGUAUGGAAGAAGAUGCAAACUUUUUCUUGCAUUUAAUUGGUGCUCCACAAAAUUUAACUUUCCCCAAGUUUAAAGAUCGCCACUCCAAUGAAGAAAGAACUACCACUAAAAUUACACAACAGUAUUUUGCACAGCUUUCUCCUUCUCAACGACAACAAAGCUAUGACUUUUACUAUAUGGAUUACUUGAUGUUCAACUACUCAAAACCUUUUGAAGAUUUAUAUUAAUUUGAGAGUCAGGAUAUUUCCACAGUUGAAUUGUGUAACAAAUCCAGAUGGCAUCUGUUUAUAUACACUUACCUGUUAGCAAACAAUUGGUUUAAGAGCAGGGAAAAACCCAAAACAGAAUAUAAACAGAUGUUUACACCUUCACCUUAAUUGCCUCCUUUUACAAAUGAUUUUUUUUUCUAUAAUUUCUCCAUACGAAAUGUAUGUACAUAUAUGUAUAAUAUGUCAGGGCCCCCAAAUAAAGCACAGAAUUUUCCA